AUGUCCUUAGAAGUUGAGAGAGCUAGCAAGAGUUAACGUCAUGAGGUGGUCGUCGGGAUCAAGGCCAGCCCCCACGGCCGGCGAGCCGGAGGAAGAGGAGGAGGAUGAUCUGGCGGCGGGUCAUCAUCGCCACCUCCACGUCGAGCACAGCGACGUCGAGACGGAGUCCGCGUCUUCGGAGCACUGGCCGGUGCUGCCGGUGGAGGAGGCGGUUCACGUCGAGGAUCCCGGCGCAUAUCGAAGCUGCAGCUGCCUGUCGACCUGCAGCAGCAGUGGGAGCGAGGAUGCUGGCGCUGCGGGAGAAGAAGCCGGCGAAGGGAGGAGAUCGAGGCGCGGACCGAGGAGGAGAGGCAGGAGGAGGCGGCGAAGCGGGAUGCCGGUGCGCACGUUCGUCGGCGCCGCCGCCGCGGUGCUGCUCGUGCUUGUGGCCAUCGUCGCAUCGUGGAGGCGGCGGCAGCACCGGCCGGCCGCGGGCAGCUGAUGGAUGGCGCGGGUGCGUGUCAGCUCGGCUGCGUUCUGGUCCGCAUACCAUCCUCAAGCUAAGCUAGUGGAAUUUGUACGUGUACCGUAUGUAUAAGUUGUACUGGCGUGCGUGCAUGGUUUAGCUGCUCCGUUUUCUUUUUAGGGAAAGCUGCUCCGUUUGUUGAUAGUAGUAUUGUGCCAAGAGUGUACGUCCGUGCCUGCAACCGCUUUC